AUGGACCGUAGAUGGAUGUACCCUUUUGAGCGUUACAUGAAGGGUACUACAUGUUGUUCCUUGUGUUUGGAGCUGCCUUAUUGGCGCGUGGUUGCUAAGGGAAAAGUGUAUAACACACUUGGUGAUACAAUUCAUAACUGCCCACUUCCAACCGGUUAUGUAAAAGUUAGUAUUGAUGUUGCGAUUGAGGAUGAUGCAAAAUUACCGGUACCAGAUGCAUAUGAUGAUUUGAUUAGCGUCCACGACGCAAUUGGGGGUUUAGUGGCGUGGCCUAUCAACCUCAUUCAACUUGAUCACACGAAUUGUCCAUCAUCAAAAGGGAAUGAAAUGAAGGAUAAAAGCAAGGCAGAGGAGAAUGACAAAGACAAGGCGGAAGAGAAGGACAAAAAUCAGGUGAAACCAUUGAUUGUGAAAGAGAAGGUGAUGGAAACAAGAUGCACAAGGGAAUCUGUUGCAUCGCCAAAUCAACACAGGUCUCACAUUGGGAUAAGUGCCAAUCAACUUAACAGUUGUACUUUUCUCAACAUAUAUUCAGAAAAGGUUCUUAUUCAAGGGAAACAAAUUAAAAUACCAAUAGAUCAAAAAAUAUUCCAUGAUGUUUAUAUGAAGAUUGAGCAUAUUGGUCGUGAGGAAGUCCGUGAAAUCACUGGGCAUGGUGAAUUAAGUGCUUCAGCCGUUUGUGUUUAUAUGAGGUUCUUAUUUGAUCACUGUGUGGCUGAAAACUUGACUGAGAAAUUUGCCUUUUUGAGUCCUCAUCGAACGGCACAUGGGCUGACCAAUCAAAGCCAAUAUAUUUCGGAUGCAAUUAUGGCAAAUGGACACCCAAACCAAUUAUAUCUUGCACCGGUCAAUAUAGGGGCACAUUGGGUGUUGGUUGUGAUCAAUGCCACUACAGGGACCUUAUUUUACUUGGAUCCUAUACAUGGUAGUUUGAAUCAACGCAAAGUCAUGAAAGAGAUGUUUGAUAAUGCAAUGAUGAUCUACCGUGCUAAUUGCAAUGACAAGAGGAUUACAUGGUCCAAAGCCAAAUGGAAUACUAUAAAGUGCCCUGCCCAAACAAAUUAUAUAGAUUGCGGGUACUAUGUACUAAGCUUUCUAAAGGAGAUAAUUGCGCACAAAAAAUCUACAAUUCCACAAGCGUACUUCUCUGAUUGUCAAUUUGGCUUCUACGAUGAGGAUCAACUAAAUGAAAUUAAAGAAGAGUGGGCUACUUAUGUGUUAAAGAAUUUUGCCUAGUGUGGGCUAUUUGCUUUAAUUCCUUGUGAGAGUAUGGGCUACUUAUGGUAUGGAACUGCACUGCAUGUUAUUUUAGAGUAUUUGGUUCAAGCAGUGUACUGUACUGGCUAGUGUUGGCUAUUUGGUUUAAUUUCUUGUGAGAGUAUGUUCUCAACAACAAUUAGUAUUGUUUUGGACAAAUUAGUGUAAAUGUAUUGUUUUCUUAUUCAAGGUUGGAAUAUUUGAGUAAUUUGGCUAGAAUAUGUGAAUGUUGGUGAUUUUAUGCAAUUUAUUUUUCAAUAU